GGCUAUAAGUAGGAGGUGCGCGCGCCGCGGCGAGGUUAGUCGCCGUUCGGCAGCGCGUCGCCUGCGGUGUUAUUCUUCCCCGCCGUUCCCCGCCGUCAGCAGCCCGCAGCCCGCAUCCCCAGAGAGCUGGGCCGUGCGCACGCUACCGCACACACCAACGCAACCCAGCCGCCUCCAAUAUGCUCGCCAGGAUGUCACUGUUUAUUUUCCUCUGCAUCUACACGGUAUGUGCGGAUGUAGAUAUCAUCACAGAACCACGACCAGGGGAAGAGUAUGUAUUAGUUAGUUCUGGCCAACAAACACCACUGCGAAAUUUUGAAACAUCACACAAAAUACCUGAGAAACACCCACUCCAUCGUAUUAUAAAACAAGACGAAAACAAUGAUAAAAUUAUUAAGAAAUUACAUAGUGGUAAAACUAAACACCCGACCGAAGGUAUCGUAUCCAUUGAAGAGGAUAAAAAGGCUUUAUUUAAAAAAGGUCAAAAGAUAAAGGCUUCCGAAUCGAUAGAAGUCGAUAUCCCUGUAUCGAAAUUAGAAGAUAUAAAAAUUAAGGAGAGUGCAAAGAAUGUAGAAACAAAUCCAAACUUGGCUGUUGCUUUAGAAGCAAUGUCUGAAUCCGGUAAACUAAGCAACAAGGCUAGCACGACAACUCAAAAACCGGUUCUAACGACAGAAGCAAUUGGCACUACUAAGGCCUACGACUACAUUCCUAUCAAUUUCGAUACCAUAGAUGAUAUUAAUAGUGGUUUACUAUCUUCAAACAUUAAACUUGAAACGGCUGGUACCGAACAAAAACAACACUCUAGGAUACAAAUUAAGAAAGGUCCUAAUGGCCAAGAUUAUGAAUACGAAUACAUUUACUAUUACUAUGAUGAAGACGAAGAUAGUAGUAAGAAAGAACCUAAAGAACAACCAACAACAACUACAGAAAAGAUACCAGAACCCAUAGUAAAUUCACAUGAUGGGCCAGCAAAAGUAGAAUCGGAAAAUCAAAUAAACAAAGAAAGUAAAAGAAGUAAAUAUAGUACUAUUGAUAGAUCAAGCGCAACUACUGCAGCUACAGUCGAAGUUCAAAAUGAAGUUUUACCAGCUGUGACUAGAGGCCGUUCCCGUGGUCGCUCGAACUUUGCUACCGUACCAGUGGAGGAAGAAAUUGAAGAUGAAAGGCUUCCAUCGAGUACUCGCUUCCCGCCCCGUGGUCGUAACUUGGGUGGUUCGGCAACCACUACAACUCAUAUUCCGGAAACAACGUCGGAAAUCACCAGACAACGAGGUCGCCCACAAAGUGAUAGCGUCGCUGACGAAUCGAUUGGACAAACUAGAAGUAGAGCACGUGCCCAUAUCAGACGCCCAAGCUCUGAACUUGUAGAUCUUGAUAGCUUCAAGACUCAUUCAGGAGACAUUCCUUCUCAGUACAAAGAACCUCCAACGAGAUAUUCUUCUGAAAGUAAACCUGAAUCGGAAGUUUCUGAAGAAGAAUCAGUUCCUAGUGAACCUUCACAUGCCAAAGACACUGUAAGGGAAGGACAUAGUCUCAGCGGAAAUAUAAGAUUCCAAGAGAUUACAGAUGAAUCGAAAUUACCUUCAGAUUAUAAGCAAACAACCACAUAUGAACAGGAUACAACCGAGUACACGACAAUGACCGCAAUGGAGAAGGUUGCCCUCGACCUUUAUGCAUAUUUAGCUGGAGAAAACUUGAACAACGAGAUAAGUUCGACUAAUGAUGUAUUAACUUUCGAUGGGUCGACCACUGUCGGGGAUGAUGGUUGGACAACGGAAGUGAUAACUACCACAGAAGAAGAUACUACAACUAGUACUACAACAACGACCACUACCACGACCACGACAACUACAACACCAGCCCCAACAACUACGACUACCACAACUGCUGCACCUGCAACUCGGCCUUCGAGGUUUAAGGGUCGUCCGGGAGCUCGUGGUCGCGCCUCCGUCUCGACAAGCCUUGCCACAGAGGCGCCACAGGAAACCUCUACGAGAGCAAGAGGUCGAUUUGGUAAACCAAAUGGUGGAAGAAAAACCACAGCGGCUGCACCCUCUACCGCCGCGGAAACUGCCUCCGCCGCACCUGUAGACAAGCCUGCAGCACAACCUAAGGCAUUCGGUCGUCGUGGACUGUUCGCGGGCCGGAGUCGUCCCAGCUCGACGACUUCUGCACCUGCACAAGACACUGCCAACGCGGCCACCGAAGCAUCAGCGCCUAGACCGCGCCUGCGUCCCGGUUUGCGCCGAGGAUUGACAACAACCGCCGCUACCACAGCCGCGCCAUCAUCAGCCGCGUCUGCCGCCUCGGGUGAGGAGACAACAGCUCCCAGCGCUGGAUCGGGAGAAGUUGCAGAAACAACUGCUGCGCCUGUUAGGACUAUUGGUCGUAGACCAGGUCAGAUUAGGCCAGUGCCAUCCCUGCGACCUGGACCUAGGCUGAAUUUGCGACCAAACGCGCGAGCAAGGCCGGGCUUAGUUAGCGCAGCGCCAACGGAAACAUCCGAGACACCCGCCGCUGAGACUUCGGCAGCAGAAGCAUCAGUUACUCCCGCUUCCGACUCUGAUAGUGAGGGAUCACCAGUGACACCAGUUCCAGAACAACCUCGUGGAGGUCUGAAAUUAAGAAACCGACUCCAAGUUUCGCCGUCACCAAAACCACGUGUUGCUGUCACGCCACCAGCUCGACGCGUCAACCCGUUGUUGAAGAGAAAGCAGGCGACCACAGAGGCCACAACUGAGGCGGUAAAGAAGUUGUCAACGGAGACAACAGAAGAAAGUACAAGUGAGGAGAAGGAUGAAACAGAAACUGAGGCACAACCGGCGGAGACGACACCAGCGCCCCCCCUGCGAGGUCUCGAUGCUCUGAUAGCCCGCCGCAGAGCCGCUGGCAUCGGCCGAGUUGCCAGGCCCGCCAGAGGAACGCGCCAACAAAAUUAAUUUUUUCUUAAUGUAGAUCUCUUGAAACGUACGACACAGACUUAAAGCGAAAAAGCAGCCGAAAAAUAUUAAAGCGAUUCUAGUGAAUACCAGGAAAUAAUAUAAUUUUCAUUUCUAAUUACAUAAUUUACUUCCGUAACAUAACCACCAAUAUGAUGGAUAUUAUUUUAAAAGUAGAUCCGUUAAAAUAGAAUUCAUCGAACGGCCAUUUAAUUAUCAAUAAUCAUAAAAGAAAAAAACAAAAACCAACACUUUGACAGAUAUUUAUACACUGUGUCGUAUAUUCAAGAAAUUUCCACACAUUUUAUUAAUGUUGGUUUAAUGACAUGCUUUUAAAGCACUGGUAAAGCAAACUAUAACUACAUUUACAAAAUCAAAAAUAAAAACAACUAUUAGAUUUGAUUUAAAAAUAGUAUGUGAGACUGUUCACGAUUUUUUCAAUUUAACUUUAAAAUUUGCAUUGUCAGUGCCAAAAAUAAUACGUAGCAAAAACGUGUCAUUUUACUUUAGUCAAUUCUCUCCUCCAAACUGUUUAGAGAUUAGUAUAACUUUAUUCUAUAAUUUUCAAUAAUAUCUCCAGUUAUAUAGUAAUGUACCAAUAUUUGUAUAAUUUAGGUUUGUGUAUUUUAGUUCUCUAACAUUUGCAUACCUUUAUUUUUGUUAUUGAAUCACUAUAGCCUUUUCUAUGUAAGAAUACUCCUUAGCGUUUAUUUUAUGAGUUAUGUACAUAUUAGAAUUAAUGAUUGUUAUUGUACGCGGCCACGGGUGGCGAUCAAAUGGCGACACUUUAUUUCCAAAUGAAUUGC